UAUUUAGAGAAACUUGUCAUCGUCAUCCUGAUACGAUAUGUGAAAUUUAUAACCUUUAACCCAGUUUCAUCACCGUAAAAUAUAUCUGCACCGAGUUAUGACGACAAGGAAACCGCGACGAACUAAAACAUCGAUUAAAUAUUGUGCGGAAAAGACAGCUUGCAACAAAGAAGACAGUAAGGCGACUUACAAAUGCGAGGACUGCAACUCCGUCCAAUGUAGUGAAUGUGAAAAAUAUAUACACAAAACACCUCGCAAGGAGUUCCACACUAGACAGAUACUAGAAGCACCUAAAUCCGAACUACUUUGUGAGAUAGAUCGGUGUUCUGAGAAUAAUUUUGCUGACAUCAGGUGCAAAGAUUGCUCAAAGUCAUACUGUUAUGACUGUUUUGAGGGAACUCAUAAAACGCCAAGCAAGAGAAAACACCAAAAGUUGGCUUUCCGUGACUAUUUAGAUGUAAAAAACAAUCCUCCGCCUACGACACCAGAAAGUGACCAGUGUGCAGUUAGUGGUUUUUCUGAUAACAGUGACAGUCUUAACUAUGAAAGUUUGAAUGCUUCUUUAAACCACACCGAGGAGCCGUUGGAUUCUGGAGACUUUUUCUCAGUUCAGCCACAAAUAGCUCCUGGCAGUGCUGUAGAAUGUGAUAUGACAAAGCCUGCUAACCAGAUUGGCAGUACCCCAGUUUCAGAACCAUUUUGUGAUGACGAGGACUCCUUAAAAUUCAUGGUGCCCCAGGACCAUUAUUUUGGUGAAAAAUUAAUGGAUAAAAACAAUUUCAAACUGACUGAUAAAAACCAUGAGCCCCCACGUUUAGAAAAGGUUAGGCCAGAUAACAAUAGUCUGUCUGAUGAAAUAUCUGAUGCUUUAGGUAGUAUUCCAGCAAUGAGUGACUGUCAACUAGACCUACAAGAUGGACUUCAAGAGGUGCCCCUUACAGGGCCUGCUUCAGGGCAGUAUGCAGGAUACCAGGGAUUUAAAUUAGUGGAUGAACAUGAGGAAUUACUGGUACAUGAUGUAGCUGAUUUUGAGAAGAAGUUACAUGAUCCAACUGGCCCAGAAGAGAUCGGCAAAGUAAAAGUGGUGUCAAUAUUUGGAAAUACAGGAGAUGGAAAAUCACACACCCUCAAUGAAACUUUCUUUGGCGGAGCACCAGUCUUUAAAACAUCAAAUGAUGUAGAGUCUUGCACUGUGGGAGUAUGGGCUGCCUAUGAUCCAGGCACUGAAGCAAUUAUAGUGGACACCGAAGGACUACUGGGUGUCACAUCAAACCAGCACCAAAGGACGAGGUUAAUGUUGAAGAUUUUAGCUGUGUCAGAUGUAGUCAUCUAUAGGACAAGGGCAGAGAGACUUCAUAGUGACAUGUAUGGUUUUAUAGGAGAUGCCUUUAAAGCCUACUGGAAGCACUUUUUGCCAGAACUUGAACGGUGUGCUCAACAGAACAAGACACCAGUGGAAAAUAUGGGACCCACAAUGAUCAUCUUUCAUGAGACGCAAAAGACCAAGACCUUAGAUGAAGUGAUGAGCUCCAGUCCAGAGGAUCUUCUACAAGAAAAGUUUACAGAGCUGGGGUAUAAGAGAAAAAUUCCUUUGAAAUAUGUAGGGACUAAGACAAAACAGGGACAAAACACAGACUUCAAGCCCUUGUUUGGAGUGGUCAAGAAAUGCCUGGAGGACAUCACAGUCAGGACUCCAAGGUUGCCAGGAGUCAUCUUGUCUUCACUGAAGGCCUUAAAUGAGAAAUUCAGUGGUGAUUUAGAUAAGGUAGUUCCAAGCACAUUUCCAGAUCAAUAUUUUACAUGUGGGGUGAUGUGUGUUUCUUGCAAUUCUCGCUGUGAAUUGAGUAUGAACCAUACUAAUGUGGCCCACUGUAGUAAGGCACACUGCAUAUAUCAACACCAGUAUGAGAACAAGGUGUAUUUGUGUAAGAAAUGCUGGAGAGAAGGAAAGGCAGACUGUGUUGUUGUUCCCAAAAUGUCGGAGCAGAAUGACAGUGCAUGGUUUAGCCUUGCCAAGUAUGCCUGGGCAGGGUAUGUACUUGAAUGUCCCCGCCAUGGUGUAAUCUUCAGGAGUAGGCAGCACUGGUAUGGUAACAAAGACCCGGAGGCAGAAGCUGUGCAGACAGAAGUGCGCCAUGUAUGGGGAGAUGAGGGCAGCACAGUACUGAUGGGCACCCACAAUGCAGCCAGGCGGAUCUUGGAGGGAGUCCAUUAUGUCACUGAUACCAUUAGCACCAUUAGUGCCAAACCCACCAAGAUGAUGGCUGACUGGGUCAAUGAUAAACUGGCUCCUGCCUACUGGACACCUAAUGCUGAGAUAAUAGACUGUCAUAAGUGUGGGAAGAACUUGGAGACAGAGGAAAGCAAGCACCACUGCCGUGCCUGUGGCAAGGGGUUCUGUGAUGAGUGUACCAGUAACAAGCGUCCUGUGCCUGAGAGAGGCUGGGGAGAGGUACCAGUCCGCGUCUGCAAAGCAUGUCUAGACAAGAAACCAGGCAAGGAUGAUGACUCAGGCAGUGAUACAAGUGACACCCAGGUGACAGCCAGAAAAGUAAUGGAAGGCGUCACCAGUACUUUUGGAGCUGUGGUAAACGUGAUGGAUUAUCCAAUAGGAGUAUUGAAGGAUUCUGCUCGUCCAGCUUACUGGCUUCCAGACCGUGAAAUAAAGAACUGUAUCCAGUGCGAGAGAGCCUUCUCCUUGAAACUGAAGCUUCAUCAUUGUAGAUGCUGUGGGCAUGGAGUCUGUGAUGAUUGCUCUCCUAAUACAAAACCAGUGCCGUCAAGAGGCUGGGAUUACCCAGUUCGAGUGUGCAAAAAAUGUGAAAAGAAGCUCAAGUCCUAAUAGGUUUUCUAUGUGCUUGUGUCUUUAUGAUGAAAGAAAGGAAGUUUCUUAUUGUUGGUUCAUUAGUUGCUUGAUUUCUUAUUCAUUGGGUUUUCUUGAUAUAAAGUGGCUAUUUAAAGUGCUGUCUUUUAACGCAGACUACAGAGUUUCUGGAAUUAAGAUUAUGAUAGUGUGAUUUAAAUAAAAUAUCAUCUGCAUGACAGAUUUGAUGAAAUGAAAGGAAUCAAAUGACUAGGCAUUUAUUACAGGAACAUGUAUUUUAUUUACUUUAUUAUUAUUAUUAUGUAUAAAGGCAAGACCCUGAGAAGUAUUUUCAAGUCCUUUUAUUUAGUCCUUAAGUAAAACAAGUUCUUUAGGUAUAUCCCUUUAUUGCCAGAGUGCAUAUUUUCCUUAUUUCAAGGUUUGAUGACUGUUGACCCAUUUUGACAUGACUAUGCACAUCCUAGAUACUCAGUUGAUUGUCCCAUGCUUAUUUUUUCCUCGCUAUGUACUUCUUCGUGUGGAAAUCAACAUCAUGCUUGUGCUACUGCAUGAAGUAUUGUAGUGUUGUAGGUACACCAAAGUGUUGGGACUUUAAAUUCCCACACAUGAAAGCAGUCACCAUUAAAUAAAUUUUUAAAACCUGUACUAAUGGGCAAAAUAUUUAAAGAGGUUUAGAUGCAUGUUUACCGUGGUCUUUGUUACCUGUGUUGACCAUAGGACCAUAUUUGUUAAAUGAUACAUGGUGGGCCUUAUGCUUGCUCAAUUUACAGAAGUCUGAUAUGUAGGUCCAUUUUAGAUGUACAGCCAGUAUUUGCUACUUCUUGUUUUCUGCUGAGUAGCCAAGCAGGCCUUUAGGCUGUUGAAUUAGUCUUCUUAAUCUUAACAAACUGAGGUCAAUACAACCAGCUGUUGGUUGCAAGGUCCUGACCUCUCUCUUGUUUUGAUCACCUUGUGCUAUAUAAAGUGGAGGACCCUUUGAAAUAGCUGUAGUACUAAGUUCUUAGUACUACCUCGUCCUUGCUCCUGUUGGGUCAAUUUGAAAACUAUUUUGAUUGAAAAAUAUUUGCGGGUAUUUAGUAUGUUUAGCAACAAAUUAAUAUAUAUGCUAAAAGUAAAUUUAACAGUAGGCAUUGAUUUGAAAUGGCCAUUUCAAUAUAUUUAAUUUAUUGUUAAAAUUCAUAAUUUUGACACAUUAGUGGUCAAAUUAAGAAAUCUUAUAACAAGUGUCUUAAAGAUUCUGUUAAAAGUUAGAUUGUAAGAUGCAUACAUCAAAUUCAGCAGGUGCUAGAAGUUUUUACUGAUAAGAUGACACUUCCAUUUGUAAAAAGAAAAAUCUGUAAUUCUAAAUCUGUACACUCUAUCUAAGUUGAAAAUUAAUUUCCUGAGAUAUUUAUAACAUUUAGUACCACUUCUUGUUAGGUGUGUAGUAGAAAAUUGUACAUAUCUGUUGUUGCCAAGUUGCUUUUAUGAAUUUUUCUGACUUUGGCAGAUGGAAAUAAAUUUUAAUAGAUGGAUUCAAAUGCCUAUAAAUUGCCUGUGAACAGCUAUAACCUUUCCUCAAAAUAUCUGUGGAUCAGAGAUGAAAGUUUAAGUGUAAUCUGCAAUAUUCAUCCAAUGGUUGUUAACAUAUUUAAAGUACAAAAACAGCUACAGAUGAACAUUGAGGGGCUCUGUGUUGAUUUGAUCAUUUUAAUGAGGUUAAGUGGUGGUUUGAAUAAUUUAAUUCCACACGUGGCUAUAUG